AUGAAAUAGCUUUCACUUUUGAUAUUUGAAUAUUUGAAGACCAAGUUUCAGCAUGUAGCCACAAAGCAAGUGAAAUAUAAGUAUCAUGUAACUAAGUCUUUGUAUCACAGCUAGAAAUGGAAUAGGGAGAAUGUAUGAAUAUCAUGAGCAAUAAAGGAAAUAAGGUUAAGAGCACUUAUAUUAAUUUUUCAGUAUUAAACCUGUUUUUCAAAUAAUUUGAACGGAUAGGAGUAGUAAUUUAUUUUAUUGUGAUGAUUCUUCAUUUUUCUGUAUUUGGAGCCACUGAUGAAGAACUUGUUGUAUAUGUAGUACCACUAACAAUGCAUUUGGUUCUAUAAAUAUCCAAGGCUCUUUAUUUUGAUCAUAUUAAAAGAAAGGAGGAUUAAAUUGUUAAUGCAAGAAAGAUCACACGUUUUCGUAGGCUUAGAAGAGACAAACCAAAAUAAUUGAUCACCCAGUAAUAUCAACAACAACAAUAAUCAUCUUUCAAAAAACCUAAAACAUCUCUAUAUGAGAAUUGUUCUUGGGAUUAAGUUGAAUUAGGUGAUAUAAUCUAUUUAAAACGAAAUGAAAUAUGUCCAGCUGAUAUGUUAUUAUUGGAUGUUUCAGAUGAAAUUCUAUAAGUCUAAACACAAAAUUUUUAAGGUCAAACUAUGGAUUAGACUAGAUAACCUACAUAAUUGACUAUGUUAAAGAAUGGUAGAAAUAGAUUACAAGGAUUUGAUUAUAAGNCAAUACUUAACUAUUGUUGUAUUCUUUCUAUCAGCUUUAAUUGUAUAAUUCAAAAAGACCAAUUGUCUCAAAAUCAAGUAUUCAUCUAAAACAUUUAAUCAAAAUUUAUAAUCUCAUAAUAAAUUUCCUAUUACUCCUAAUAUUUCAGGAUUCUCUUUUAUUAUUAUUUUACACAGUAAUUGUCUAAUUUAUGGAUACAACAGUUUCCUUUUAAUUUUACCUUUUAUCAACUAAUAAUACAUGUAGGCAGGUAUAAAAGGAAUGAUUAAAUCAAUAUAUCGUUUAAGACAGCUGCAUAACAAGGAGAUAUAAAGAUGAUUGAAAUUAACUUAAAAUAAGUAUAGGUAAUUCUGGAAUUAAUCUAGAAGGUUGUAGAUUGA